AUGACCGAUAAGCACCAAGCAGAGAUAACCCCGCUGUUGGGCACUGACAAAAGGUCGAAACCUCGUUCGAAAAAGAGCGGAUCUCGGGGGAGACGGCGGAAGGCUGCGUUUAAAGGUCGUGACGGUGGUCAUCAAGGUAAUGCAGAGAAUUUUGAGCCUGCAGGUAGCGUUCACGGUUCAGGAGCGACUGGGAAUGAUUUUGAGCAGGCCGAUUCUUGGGGGAUGCUGCACGAUGUCGAUGAAGAAGGUACUUCGUCCAGAAACUCGGUUGUGGCCCAGGGCCAAUUUGCAGGGUCUUUGAUUGAUCACAGACCGUCUAUUGCUGCAAUGGAGGCGGUGAAUUCGUCCCCAGCUAUCAGAAAAGUGCGUAGGCCCAGUACUAGCCGUCGUCUGCACGGAUAUUCGUUCAGCGGUCCGACCCGUCAAAGUCCAGACCACGAGGAAACAUCGGGUGUAGCGAAAGAAGCAGUCAGAAACCACUUGCAUGGCGCGAGAGACGACGUUGUAAUCGAUGUGGAUGCACUCAUGGAUCAUGUUAAGCGUCAACGUCGCAGCUCGGGCUCGUCGCCAAACAGUUCGGACAACUCUGAACAUCCUUACAAUUCGCAGCCUUCCUCGAGGCGUUCCUCAGUUAACUCAUCUUUGAACGAUGUUUGUUUACCUCUUGACGACGAAGAGAACUUGGCCAAAGUAUGGCCUGAUGUGGCCGUUUUAGAGGAAUUUUCCAAAGAGGAAACGGAAAGACUCCGAAGGCAGGCGACGGAGGACGCUGAGAAUUUCCAUUUUCAAUACGAUGACGAAAGUGACAUCAACGAUGAGAGUGGGAACUACGAUGGUGUUCUGUUUUCGAAGCCAAUUGUCACCAAUAUCGACGUUCCGGAGCUUGGGAACACAAGGAUCAAUGAAGCAGAACAUUUGGAAUCUGGGAGACUACGUCCAAAGAAACUUGCUCCAUGGCAUCUAAGGCGGAAUGUUACUAUGGGCGUGCCUUACAUGGCUAACAUUGACCGAACCAAAGCUCAAGGCGAGGAUGUCGGGCAAGCUCCAUUAAUGACGGGGCCAAGCAUUCAAUAUCCACCUCACAUUAUUUCAAACAAUCCAGAACAUUUCCGCUUCACUUAUUUCAGGGAAGAUCUGGACUCAACUAUUCAUUCGCCAACCAUUUCGGGGCUUUUACAACCUGGUCAAAAGUUCGAAGAGCUGUUUGUGAACGCCGUCUACAAUAAUCAGUCGCGUAGCCCACCAAGCGAGACAAAGAGCAGCACACCUUCCCAACAAAAUCAUUUGCAAAAUCAUACCACAAGACAAUCGGCGUCACUGGAUUUGGAGGAUAUAUCGCCCUUUUGGCUAGACGUAUCCAAUCCUACAGAGGAAGAAAUGAAAGUUUUAAGCAAAGCAUUCGGAAUACACCCUUUGACCACAGAGGAUAUUUACUUGGGAGAAGUCCGUGAGAAAGUGGAGCUUUUCAAGGAUUACUAUCUUGUUUGUUUCCGGAGUUUUGACAUAGUUGCAGAACGGCACGCGAAGAAAAGGAAGCAACAACAGCAUGAAAGCGUAAACACAGGAAGCGAGAGUAACGAGAAUAGCCGAGGAUGGUUUUCCAGGAAUUUGCUUAGUCGUAGGAGAUCUUCGACGAACAGGACUGCAGAAACGGAGGGAUCCAGCGUUAGACGCAGGAUUCAAAAGGAAAUUGAGGAGAACGAGAAAUACAAGCGUAAGUCAGGCGAUAGACGCAAGCCCCGCGCCGGUGAACUUGAGCCAUUGAACGUUUACAUCAUCGUUUUCCGUACCGGUGUUUUGACAUUCCACUUUGCUCCCACACCGCAUCCAAUCAACGUGAGAAGGCGUGCACGUUUACUUAAGGACUACCUUAAUGUGACUUCGGACUGGAUUGCUUAUGCGUUGAUCGAUGAUAUAACCGAUGCGUUUGCACCUAUGAUCGAGCUGAUUGAGGACGAAGUGUACGAUAUUGAGGAUGCAAUCCUGAAAAUGCACCACAGCUCCGAUGACAGCAGCUCUGAUGAGAGUUCCGAUGACGAAGAAAGUGCUGAAGAUUUUCCUAUGGCGAUGGACGGCUACUCACGCAAGAUGAGCGUGCUAAGCGAAAGAAGGACUUGUUCGUCGCGGUCCACGCGUGGUUACUCCACGUCAGACUCUACUUUAGAGGCAAACAUCAUCGGUUGGCGGCGCAAAGGCGACAUGUUGAGACGUAUCGGAGAAUGCCGCAAACGUGUCAUGAGUAUACUCAGAUUACUGGGUUCCAAGGCCGACGUCAUUAAGGGUUUUGCCAAGCGGUGCAACGAAGAAUGGAAUGUCGCCCCCCGCUCGGAGAUCGGCAUGUAUCUUGGAGACAUUCAGGACCACAUAAUCACCAUGGUCUCCUCUUUGAAUCACUACGAAAAGCUUCUAAGCCGUUCUCACUCCAAUUACCUGGCUCAGAUCAAUAUUGAUAUGACCAAAGUCAACAAUGACAUGAACGACGUUUUGGGCAAAAUCACUAUCUUGGGUACCGUGGUGCUCCCAAUGAACAUCAUAACCGGUCUGUGGGGUAUGAACGUGCUUGUUCCGGGACAAGAUGAGCAUUCUCUUAAGUGGUUUACAUCCAUUACGGGGUGCAUGGUUAUUUUCGCGUACUGGGCUUACGUCUACACCAAGCGGCGCUUUGGCUUUUGA